UCAUCCCUUUCACAAGUGAGCACCUGGCUUCACCACACAGUGCAGAGGUGCAGUACACAACACAAAAGAAGCAGAGAAGAAGAUCGGACGGCGGAGGCCAUGGAGUACGAGCACCGGUACAACAGCAGUGGCAGCUUGGGCAAGGAGAAGAGGCCUCCGGCGAAGAGGGGGCAGGUCAAGCUGCAGAUAGCGAGGGCGCUGAGCAACCUCGUCUCUCCCGGCGCCGCUGCCGACGGCUCGAAGCAGGCAAAUCGCAGCAGCUUCAGAAGGGAAACAAGCUACAACUGAACCAAGGAAAUUAGAUGGGUAUGGUGCGUCCGUGUGUCAGUGUGGGGUGCAAAAUGGUGGUAUUACUAGCUAGCUGUUUUGUUACCUUCUGAGGGUUUUAGCAGGAUGGUGUCCCAGUUUAUAAAUGGAGAACCUGUCUGAUCCACUACCACUGUACUGUAACUUGGCUUGAGCGGAAAUUGCUCCAAGCUUGAGUGUGCAUUAUGUAUUCAAGAAGAAAUUUAAAUGUAUAUACAAGCUUUGAGUAUGCA